CGUUGUCAUGGAGGAGCAAAGAUGGCGAUACUGGCCUACAGCCUGGGCAAACGGGAAAUAAAUCAGUAUUUUAGCAUUAAGAAUGCUAAAUUGCUGUCUCUAUUUGCUGUCAUUAUCCUCACCGUGGUACACGCAGUCACUCGGUAUUAUGGAGGCCGGGACACGUGUGAGUGGCUCUUAUCUAGUGGACGGUUCCUAGGAGAUGAUGCAUGGCAGCCGUAUGGCUGCAUGAUGCACAAGUACAAAAGCAUUGAAGCAAAAGCUUGCCUCAGCAACAAGAGGAUAGCAUUUAUCGGGGAUUCUCGAGUUCGCCAGCUCUUCUAUUCCUUUGUCCAGAUUAUCAACUCUGAGAUAAGGGAAGAGGGGAUCAAGCAUGAAAACAUUCCCUUUACUGAAAGAGAAUUUUUCGUAAACGUGGACUUUUUAUGGCAUGCUGAAGUAAAUAAUUCCAUGAAAGAACAGUUGACAUCAUGGACAGAGAAGCCCACUUCCAAGCCAGAUGUCAUCAUUAUUGGUGCUGCAACUUGGUCCAUUAAACUGCACAGCGGCAGCAGCGAGUCACUUCUCCAGUACAAAGCAAACCUCACAUCUAUAGCAGCACCACUGGAAAAACUAACUGAGCACAGUGAAAUCUUUUGGAUUGUACAGGGUCCUGUCUAUGAAAAGGUUUUAAGCGAGAAUCGUAAGAUGAUCACCAAUGAGCAGAUUGACUUGUAUAAUGCAGCAGCACUCAGCACUCUGAACAGCAGCAAAAGGAAUGCCAAGGCUGGGGUGAAGUUCCUGCAGGCCUCAAGGCAAGCUGCUAUGGAGACCAUCACCCAGUCAGAAGAUGGCCUGCACCUUCCUGUGAGCGCAAGGAACGUGGGGGCCAUGGUUCUGAUGAACUCCAUAUGCAACAAGAUCCAGAAGCCUAUCGAUGGUUCAUGUUGUCAGAGUGUACCGCCAUUGAGUGUGCUACAGAAACUGACUGGUGGACUGUUCCUGUUAGCUGCUGUCUGCUUUUUUGUGUUGCAUGCACUCGGCUACACCGGGCACUGGAAGAGCAAGCCUGUGUCUGAUGUUGAGAGCGGAGAGGAAAGGAAACCUCCCACCCCUGCCGUUCCACUCAUCCUAAAGAACGUGUUGCAGUCCAUCUGCAAGAUGGGUCUCAUCAUGCUUUACUUCUACCUGUGUGACCGUGCAGACAUCUUCAUGAAGGAGCAGAAAUUCUACACACACUCCACCUUCUUUAUCCCUCUCAUCUAUAUAUUUAUGCUGGGGUUUUUCUACAAUGAAAACACUAAAGAGGCAAAACUAUUGAACAGAGAACAGACUGAUGAAUGGAAGGGCUGGAUGCAGCUAGUUAUACUUGUCUAUCAUAUAUCCGGAGCCAGUGCUUUCAUACCUGUGUACAUGCAUGUCCGUGUCUUGGUGGCAGCUUAUCUCUUCCAGACAGGAUAUGGCCACUUCUCCUUCUUCUGGCUGAAGGGUGACUUUGGACUCUACAGAGUGUGCCAGGUUCUCUUUAGACUCAAUUUUCUGGUGAUAGUGCUCUGCCUUGUGAUGGACAGAUCAUACCAGUUCUACUACUUUGUGCCUCUAGUUACCUUUUGGUUUGUGAUCAUCUAUUCCACAAUGGCCAUGUGGCCACAGGUUCUGCAGAUAAAAGCAAAUGGCAGCACUUUCUGGCAUCUGGUACUUUUACUGAAACUAUUGGGGUUACUUCUUUUUAUUUGCUUCUUUGCAUACUCACAGGGUUUCUUUGAGAGCAUUUUUUCUGUGUGGCCUGUUUCAAAGCUCUUUGAACUGCAAGGCAGUGUCCAUGAGUGGUGGUUCAGGUGGAAGCUAGAUAGAUUUGCUGUCAUCAAUGGCAUGGUGUUCGCCUUUAUUUACCUGGUAUUGCAGAAAUAUCAGGUUCUAUCAGAGGUGAAAGGCGAGCCACUGUUUUCCACCAAGAUCUCCAACUGCUUGCUCUUUGCAUCAGUGGUUUCCUUUAUAACAUAUUCCAUAUGGGCAAGUAACUGCAAAGACAAGACUAAAUGCAAUGAGAUGCAUCCCUACAUAUCAGUGGUGCAGAUUCUGGCAUUUGUUCUCAUCAGAAACAUUCCUGGUUACGCCCGUUCUUUGUACAGCUCUUUAUUUGCAUGGUUUGGAAAGAUCUCAUUAGAGCUUUUCAUCUGUCAGUACCAUAUCUGGCUGGCAGCUGACACCAAGGGCAUCCUGGUCCUUAUUCCUGGAAUCCCCUCCCUCAACAUUAUCAUCAGCACUUUUAUCUUUGUGUGCGUCGCUCACGAGAUCUCCCAGAUCACCAAUGACCUGGCCCAGGUGGCCAUUCCUAAAGACAAUGCCACUUUGCUCAAGAGACUGCUGUCGACUGGACUCUUCAUGGGGCUACUACUCAUGCUAUCUAACCGCGGCUGGGCCUAAAACAUCAAUUUUAGAAACAGACUCUUUGUUGACAAAGUACCAUCCAGAAUACCACCUGAGAAGCAUGUCUUGGAGCAAAACCAAUGGUGCAGUAAUUUAUGAAGAUAGUGAACACACAUUUUUACAAAAUGCAUGCAGUGCACUUCUGCAGUACUGUAUGUGUGCUCAUUAACUAACUUUUCAAAUAAGCCUAAAUCUCCUAAAACGCCAACUCCCGAGGCAAUGGGAACAACCUCCUUUCUGUCCAUGUUUUGUACAGUAUUUAAAUAUUUAAAUUAAGUUUACUUUGUACAGGAGUGUAUUUGUGUCGCCUUAACGUCCUGUUUGUCUGUCUGUCGUUUCUAGUUUCUUCUUGUUUUUAUGUCGAGCCCGUGUGGAUGAAAUAUGAAUGAGUUUUGAGUUUCGCACUUCAUGCAGUACACACAAGACUAUACGCCACCAACUUCGUCUGCCACCAGUCAGUUCAUUACUGUGUAAACAAGCCCUAUACUUAUUGAUUUUAUAUUUUUUAUUAAUGCCUUUAACAGAUUCAGUCCUCCUAAAUCUCAACCAGGGUAUCCAUGGGUCAUUACUACAGUACAUAUAACCAAAAACAUUCAUGAUUUUUUUUUAUGGAAAUGUUAGAGGCAUUUAACAUUGAGAAACAUUUCUUUAUAUUUGCAAAUUCCUUAAAUUAGCAAAUAUAGAAGCCACUAAUAAUCCAGUAACUAGCCACACCAUUCUUUAGUAAAAACAGAGAUGGAGUAAAAACUAAGAGUAGUACACAUUAUAUAGAUGACUAGUUUUGUUCUUUUAAAUGCUUUAUAUACUUCUACUUUUGUACAUCUGCUGUUAUUACUGAGGUAUGGUGUGGUCACUUCCUGGAUUCUUGGUGGAUUUUAUGUACUCAUAAACUGUAAAUAAAUAACUGACAGAUGAUCUAAAGUACACCCAUGUAAUAAUGUUUUCAGAAAUGUUGACCUUUCACAGGUAUCUCGCUUCUGUCUGGUAAUGUUCGUCCAUUUCUUUCUCUGCUCUUGCUACAGCGUCCCUCUGCACUAGUAAUACUAACAUUGAAAAUACACUGAUGCAUUCAAAGAGUUGUUUGAUAUUCAGCUUAUUUGAUAUUUACCUUUUAUGUAAAACGUAACAUUGUAAUAGGUGUUUAAAAAGCUAGGACAAAAUUCCCCAGAACCACAUAAUCCCACACAAAAAAAAUGUCUCAUAGUAGAAUCUUCUUAUACCAGUUGAACACACAUCUGAACACUUUUUAUCCGCAAAAGGGUCACUGUACAAACUACUAAAAGCCUGUUUACCCCAAGACUCUGUACCAAGAAUUUAACACUUGCUAUCAUCACAGUUUAAUACCCUGUUAUUUUUAUUACAAUUUUAACAUGUAAAAAUUAACCAGUUGGGUUGAAGUUGCUUUGUUGUUAUAAUUCUGUGAUUAAAAUAUUGAUGAUGAACCAAAAAAUAAUAAUAAUAGCAAAAUGUGAGCGAGUGAGAAAAUGCCACAAAUUGAAGGUGUAGGAGUAGGAAAAGGCUUUAAACAGUGCAGGAGCUCCAUUCAACCAAUCUAAGCUAAGCUUUAGUGAAGUUAUGGAUUUUUAUAAAAAACCUAUAGCUAAUCAUUUUGUGCUUUAUGUAUGGCUCUGCUUUCAAGCUUUUAAAUGUCAGUAUGUACAAAAGGCUAAACCUACGUUCCCCUGUGUUGAAUGUAAAUCUUUUCUCUUCUACUGUGCAUUGAUACUGUCUAGAGGUUGUUUUACCUUUUAAAGCUACUAACAAGGAGCUUAGAAAUACAGAGCUUUAAUCCUUUAACUGAACGUGGGACAUAAUUGGAGAAAAGUCAGAAAAAAAUAUAUAUCACCUGUACAUAUUUUCUUGUUUUUGACUAUGGCAGCUGGAAACGUGGGUAUAGGAUAUAAGUCUGCAUGCUAUUAAUGGUGAAAAGAAAGUUGAGAGUAGCUGUUUUAAAAAUCAGCUUACUGUAAAUGGUCAAAUCAUGAAUUAACUGAUCUACAUUUGCAUUUAUUUAUGCUGUUUGAAAAACUAUUUGGGUGGUCAGAAAUUAGUAAUUCCAGAACAAGGAAGUAUAAUGUCCUUAGCUGGGUACAGUUAAAUAGUUUUCACAUAUUGUGCCAAUACAAUCUUCAUCAUCCCUGUGUAACAGCCACUAGGUGGAUGCUAGCUACAAUUACAGAAAUUUGUACUUUUACUUUUGUACCAUAGUUUUGUUUCAUAGUGGUAAUAUUUUGCAGAUCUACAAAAUCUGCGUCUUUUUUUUUUAGCCUUUUCUUCCAUUAUAGGAAGACGAGUUAACAAUCAAAAAAGUAAAAGUAAUCAUUUUAUUUCCUGAAGUGGCGUUUAAGCCAAACCGCAGCUAUGAUCUAAUGGAUUCACUCCACCUUACAGCUAUUUAUCCAAUUGUAAAUGUAUGGAUUUUAUUUUGUAAAACUUUGUUCAAAUGAAUUGUAUUGUUACGUUGGACCGCUGUAAAAACAAGAUGCAUACCACGCUGAUGUAAAUAAUUUUUGGUCCAGAAAUGUGAAGGGAUGUAUUUUCUUUUAGAAAUGCUGUUGUUUAAUCAUUGUCAGUGAUAAAACACCU